AUGCCGACAAUUAAGUACAACCCGGACAGUAUGCCCGAUUUGUCUGGAAAGGUCAUUCUCAUUACUGGCGGUGAGUACUACUACACCAAUAACGAACCUCAAAGCCCCAUCCAGUCCUUAUAUACGAUGAAUCAUGAGCUAAUGCCUGUCUUCUGGUCGGAACGCCGCACCAGCGCGGAUGCAGUCAUCCAGCAGAUCCGACAAGCUGGCAGCAAAACGCUGGUCACCUUCCUUCCCUGUGACCUGGCCUCCUUGGCUUCAGUGAAGCAGGCAGCAGAGACUUUUCUAGCCCAGGAAUCCCGCUUGGAUAUUCUGAUGUGCAACACGGGCAUCAUGGCCACGCCACCGGGGCUGACGGCGGACGGCUACGAGAUCCAAUUCGGCACAAACCAUCUCGGCCACGCGCUGCUGAUCCGCAAGCUGCUGCCACUCCUCUAG